AUGUCCAAACCUACCAUUGGCUUCGUCGGCCUAGGGGCCAUGGGCUUCGGCAUGGCCACUCACCUCGUUCACGAGGGUUACCCAGUCCACGGCUUUGACGUAUUCCCUGCUUCUGUAGAACGAUUCCAAGAAGCCGGGGGUAUUCCCGCUUUAUCGUUGCGAGAGUCUGCAGAGGGAAAGUCAUUUUACGUGUGCAUGGUUGCAUCUGCGCCUCAAGUGCAAUCAGUGUUAUUUGGCGAUGAAGGCAUUGUACAAUACCUCCCCCAAAAUGCCACCCUCCUCCUUUGUUCCACCGUCCCCGCCUCCUACGCCCAGUCCGUCGCAGCAGAACUACAAUCCUGCGGCCGCGGCGAUAUCCUUUUCAUCGAUAGCCCUGUCUCGGGUGGUGCCAAACGCGCCGCGGAUGGAACACUCUCCAUCAUGGCAGGCGGUUCAGACGAGGCACUGGAAAGCGGUCGCGACCUACUACAGACUAUGUCCGCGCCAAGUAAACUCUACCUUGUGCCCGGGGGCAUUGGAGCAGGAAGUAACAUGAAAAUGGUGCACCAAGUUCUGGCGGCUAUCCACAUCCUUGGUGCCAGCGAGGCCAUGGGACUGGCCGCGCAAUUGGGUCUGGAUGCGCGCCAGACAGCGGAUAAGAUCAUUAGUUCUGAUGCGUGGACGUGGAUGCAUGAGAAUCGAUUUCCGCGCAUGGUAGAGGAGGACUGGAAUCCGGGUGCUAGUGCGCUGACUAUUAUUCUGAAGGAUGCGGGCAUUAUCACUUCCUCUGCCCGUCAACACCGGUUCCCGACACCCCUCUGUACCACCGCUGAACAGAUCUACCUCUCUGCCUUGCUGCAGGGCUAUGGCCCUAAGGAUGAUUCAGCCAUGGUGCGCCAAUACUUUACCACUCCUAUCGCUUCCGUAACGGCUUCUGCGGAAGACCAGAGCACUGCGCUACAGCUAGUCCUCGACCUGAUGCAGGGUGUCAACCUCGUCGCUGCUGCGGAAGCCGUUGCCUUUGCACGAUACCUCAAGGUCGACCUCGCGCAGUUUCACGAACUAGUUAGCGCCGCCGCGGGCGCCAGUAGGGUAUUUAUCACGAAAGGUCUGGAAAUGAUCAAGGGACACAUCGGUGAGGAGGCGCCAGCCGGAUCACAAACGGUGGACGAGGCCAUCGCAAAAUUAGAGGCUGUAGUACAACAGGCUAGGGAUCUUCAUUGUCCGUUGCAUUUGGGCAAUGCGGCGCUGAAUGUGCUCUUCACUGCUCGGAGAGCUGGGCUGGGAGCCGAGGGUGCGACUAGUGUGAUCAAGGUAUUUGGAACGGAGUAA